GAGGAGCGCCCGCGACAGCGAUCGGCGUUGUGGUGGCGGUGGCGGCGGCGGGGGCGAAUCUGCAGCGCGCGAACCGCGCCGCCAACUGCCCCGUAACGGUCACCGGACAACAACGGCCAUGGCCUUUACCGUCAAGAGCCAGACGCUCGCCAAGGAGAAAGAGAGGAGAUACGACCGACAGCUGAGGCUGUGGGGCGACCAUGGACAGCAAGCCUUGGAGAACGCCCACGUGUGUCUGAUCAACGCCAGCGCCACGGGAACCGAGAUCCUGAAAAACCUUGUGCUGCCUGGCAUUGGCGCCUUUACGAUUUUGGAUGGGAACAAAGUCAGUGGGGAAGAUAUUGGCAACAAUUUCUUUUUGGACAAGAGCAGCAUUGGCGAGAGUCGAGCGAAGACGGCGAUGAAUCUCAUCCAGGAGCUGAACAGCGACGUGUCUGGAAACUUUGUUGAGGAGGCUGUGGAGAAAGUCUUAGAGAAGGAGCCCACGUUCUUUCACAAGUUCACCGUGGUCAUCACGACACAGCUGCCGCAAAGCACGCUGCUGCGGCUGGCGGCGGCGCUGUGGGAGGCCGGCGUGCCGCUGCUGGCGUGCCGCGCCUACGGCAUGACGGGCUACAUGCGCGUGGCACUUCGCGAGCACACCGUCGUCGAGUCGCACCCGGACAACGCGCUCGAGGACCUGCGCCUCGACCGUCCCUUCCCGGCGCUCGUCAAACACCUGGCUUCCUGCGACCUGGCCCUCCUCGACAAGAAGGAGCACAGUCAUACGCCAUGGCUGGUGGUGGUGGCCAAGUACCUGGACGUGUGGAGGUCGCAGCACGAUGGCAGUCUGCCCAAGAACUACAAGGAGAAGGACCAGUUUAAGGAGCUGAUCAGGCAAGGGAUGAUCAAGAACGAGCACGGAGCGUCGUCUGUCGAGGAGAACUUUGAGGAGGCCAUCAAGAACACGACGACCGCUCUCAAUCCAACACGGAUUCCUGAUGUUGUUCGGCAACUCUUCAGUGACCCCAGCUGUCAGAGCCUCUCGGCCAAGAGCGCCGACUUCUGGGUGCUCGUGCGAGCGCUGCGAGACUUCGUGGAGGCCGAGGGGGGGGAGGGCGCGCUGCCGCUGCGUGGCUCCAUCCCGGACAUGAUCGCCGACUCGGACAAGUUCGUGCGCCUCCAGAACGUGUACCGGGAGAAAGCUAAGCAAGACGCCGAUGCUGUUGGGAAGCUCACUGCCUCGCUGCUGCAUUCUCUGGGACGGCCGGCGGACGGCAUAUCGGAGGGAGACGUCAGGCUGUUUUGCAAGCACGCGGCCUUCCUGCGCGUGGUGAGGUGUCGCUCGCUGGCCGAGGAGUACGAUGCUAAGACCGCCCUCACCGCCGACAUAGGCAGUCAGCUGGAGUCGGCGGAAGGCGAGGCGGUGCUGUACGUCAUGCUGCGGGCAGUGGACCGCUUUUACCAGCAGUACGGCCGCUACCCAGGUGUGCGUGCCGAGGACGUGGACCGGGAUGUGGCCGAGCUGCGGGCGUGCGUGGCCGGCCUGCUGCAUGAGUGGGGGCUCCACUGUACCGUCAAGGACGAGUACCUGCAUGAGUUCUGUCGGUACGGAGCGGCGGAGCCUCACACCGUCGCCUCCUUCAUCGGAGGAACGGCUGCGCAGGAAGCCAUCAAAGUGAUCACGCACCAGUUCGUGCCGUUCAACGACACGUUCAUCUACAACGCGAUGGCGCAGACUUCGCUCACACUGCGCAUCUGAACCUCUCCGGGGAUCCCGGGGGGGGGUGGGGGGGGGGGCCUCGACGUCGCUCGGCAGAGGCCCCUCCCCGUCUUCACGUCUCCCUUCAAACCGCCGGCCUGCAUCCCCCUCUUCAGCCUUCGUCGCGACCCACACCGACCCUCACUCGGUGGACCAUGAAACAAGCCAACAGCGGCCCCCCACACAGCGACCCCCUCCCUCCCCUCCCUCUCUCUGCCCACCAGCUGUUGGUCAAGCUCAGGACCGAGGAUUCAAUGGCCCAUGGGGCCUGAUGUGACCCAGGACUUCAUUUCACGAGACUCGUGGCCACGUGCGGCGUUCUGCUUCGCAACGGCCCGCACGGACGAUAUUCAUCCGUCGCUGCAAGCAUUUUAGCCGCACUAAAUGGGUUGCUCGAGGGGCAAAUAUCCUCGACCUGGCCACAGCAACUGCCGCUUCCGAUUUUAUCACGCUCGGUCACUCUGCAAGCGGUCUCCUCUAGGCCCGGUUGACGUGCACGUUGCGUUGUUGGAUAGCGCCAGGGUGCGUUGUCAACGUGUAAAUCCUAUUUGGCCCUCGGGAAAGAUUUCCCCUGCCGGUCGCAGUCGGCGGCCGGGGCCCGAGCUGAUGGAGGGGCUCCAGCGUUGCUCGACGUUGGCGCUGAAGCUUGGGGACUGGACGUGCGAGGAGAAGGGCGUUACGCGCCGUGACUCGUGUGUGUGUGUGUGUGUGCGUGCGUGUGCGUCUUGAGCGGUCACUAAAUUGAAUUUGUUUCGCCAAGGAAAACUUC